CAUUGUCGAGUUUUUUUCUUCGAGUUUACCGAUGCCCGAUGCUAGAUGAAAGAUGACCAUAGAGAAAAAACGGUACAACCCUCGCUGCUUCUUUGAUGUGCAGAUAGGCGACGAACCUGCGGGGAGGAUUGUUUUUGAACUGUUUGCAGACGUCUGUCCCAUAACAUGCGAGAACUUCCGGGCCCUAUGCACAGGAGAAUGUGGCAUAGGCAAGACAACGGGCAAGCCACUCCACUACAAAGGUGUAAAGUUUCAUCGUGUCAUUCGCAGCUUUAUGAUCCAGGGGGGAGACUUCUCUGUUGGUAAUGGAAGCGGCGGGGAAUCCAUAUACGGUGGGACCUUCAAAGAUGAAGGCUUUGAGCUCAAGCAUGAUCAGCCAUAUCUGCUAUCCAUGGCCAACCGGGGCAAGGACACCAAUGGGUCGCAGUUCUUCAUAACAACACAGCCAACACCUCAUCUUGAUGGGGUGCACGUGGUGUUUGGUCACGUGAUCAAGGGUGAGGAUGUGGUGCAGGCCGUUGAGUCCCAGCCUGUCGACAACAACAGCUGCCCCGUGCAGCCGGUGAUCAUUGCCAACUGCGGCGAGCUUGUGCUAAAACGCAAGCGCAAGGACAAGAAACACAAGCGGUCGGCAUCCAAUGCACCCAGUACUGGAGCAGAGGAGGGCUCCUCGGGGGAGAAAGCCUCGGAACACAAACACCGCAAGCACCACAAGCACCACUCCAAAAAGUCACGCAAAGACAAGUCGCACAAGCGAGACGAAAGUGUGGAGAAGCGUGCAGACAAGGUGGACGACGAUGCUGAGCAGUCCUUUGUGAAGCCUGAAGAAAUACCUGAGGUGCCCGCAAACAACUUUUUGAUGCGACGUGUGCCCGAUGAGCCCAACUUUGUGCCACAAGGCAGGAGAAUGGGAGGCUUCUACAGCCGUCGUCCUCAGAUCUCUCGCUCAGGACGCAAGAUCAAAGGUCGUGGCUUCAUGCGCUACCGGACACCAUCACCUGAAGGCAGUCGAUCUGGCAGUGAGACACCACCUCACUGGAGGCAGGCUCAAGCACGCAUGCGGCCCCUCCGUGACUCCCUUGAUCUCACUCAGGAUGGCGAGGAAGAGGCCGGCCAAGAAGAACAGUUACCUGAGGAGGGAGAGCUCGCCAACCAUACAGAACAGGCUGCGAACGAGAAAGAAAAAGAAAACAGGUCACGACGUAGUCCGAGCCCCUUAGAUAAGCGACGGGAGCGGCGUGAUCGGAAUGCUGACCGCAAUCAUGACAGAAACCAAGACAGAAAUCGGGAUCGCUUUAGAGACCGCCGAGAGUGGCGUGAUCGGGAAUCCAAUCGGCGGUCACCACGCCGAAACACCCAGGACGAGAACCAGCCUCUGCCCGGUGAGGAUGAGCAGCCACGGCACCGGCAGCGCAAGUUUGAGGAAGACCCGCGGUCCAAGAGGGCUUUAAGGGAGGAGCGGUCACCGAGAAGACGGUCGCGGUCACCAAGGGAUCGGCAGUCACGGCAGCGGCCAGGUGAAGACAAGAAUAGCGGAAGAUCUUCGGGACCAAGGCAGCACGAUGUCCUGACGACGUCCAACAAGGAGAGGAGCCGAGAAAACCGGGGCAGAUCCCCUCAGAGCCGUAAAGGCAAGCAACAAAGGUCGCACUUCUCACAUUCCACACAGAGCUCUAGACCUACAAGACCUCACAAGGUGUCAUCUUCUGUGAAGCAAGCCUCAAAGGGAUCAUCAGAGGCAAACCACCAUGCUGAGAAAUCGAGUGGCAGUGCAGCUGCGACGGGCCGGCAGACGGCGCCUCGGUCAACUUCUGAAAAGGGAGCAGCUUCAUCUUCUUCAACGCAGCAGGGGUCCACUACGAUGUCACGCCCUUCACGCAAGUUUGAAGAGCACCCGCCAUCGUCUCGGGGUUCCACAGAAGCUGCAGCUGAAGAGGUGGCCUCUGCAGUUCUUCGCUCCAGGCUUCCGCUGGCACAGCUGCUUGAUCCAACAGAACCACUUCCACCAGGCGUAGAGCCAGAUGAGAUAUCAUCUGGCCUGAACACUGCCAGUUCCUUGCCCCUGUCACAGGUGAAGUGGAGCAGUGUGGGUUCUUCAAGCACAUCUGGUGUGACGCCAGUGCCACCAUCCACCAGCAGCCGAUGGCAGAGUGCUCCCUCCACCUCAAAGUCCACCGAACCGAAGCAGUCAGACCGGUCAUCACAAUCUCAACAGUCAUCGUCAGCUUCAAAACCAUCUACAUCCACUAAAGACCCAGAGAAAGCGGGACUCGCAGACAAGAGCCUACUGGUAGCCAAGUCCUCCUCAGCAACCACUAAGCCCGAACGCACAAGCCAGGCGAAAGAAGCCGCUAGUAAAGCCGAGCAACCAUUGAACAAGCCAGCAGCCACAGCGACAAAGGCGGCAGUGGCAUCAACGAGCAAUUCCCGGUCUGCCACCAAGACAACACGAGAAGUAUCGCGGCGAGGGAAAGACGAAUCGCUAUCGUCGCGUUCUCGAUCGCGAAGCCGCAAGCGAGGUCGGAACAGAUCGUCGUCACAGCGCCGACGCCGGCGGUCGUCAUCUUCGUCGUCAACAUCGUCUUCGUCAUCUGACGACGGUGGCAGCAGUGGCAGACGGCGAACCAAGGGGGGCCGAAGUAGGCGGCGCAGCAAGAGUGCCUCGUCCUCGGACGGUUCACGUGGUGGGGGAAGUUCACGCAGAGGCCGGAGGCGCCGCAGGCGAUCGUCCAGCUCCAGUUCGAGGUCGUCGAGCUCAAGUUCGAGCUCCAGCAGCGAUGGCCGUGGCAGUAGCCGCAGAGGACACCGAAAGAGGUCACCGGGUCGUCGCAAGAGCAGGCGCCGUAGGUCAAGCUCUAGUGGGUCAAGCAGCAGUGACUAAAGCUGACAUCACAGUCAUUCAAUGCCGUAGGGUGGGAAGUGAGAAAAAUACGCUGUAAGAGACCUCUCCCAGAUGCAACGAGCUGGCGUUUUUUUGGCCUGUCACCUUUCACUUGCUUUGCUUUACCACAAUUCGUGCCCAAGGCAGCCACGUUCGAUUGGUGGAAGGCAGCUCUACUUCUUACAAGUCCUGUGGAGCCCGAGUGAAGAGCAGGCAUUAUGCGGGGAAGGUUGGGUUUUAGUUCGUGUAUUUCAAAAAGGAGUUACAGGCUGUCGGACAGUGCCACGACCCGAGAAGAGAACUUGGAAGAGGGCAUAGAGCUUGUUCAUCCACCUUGCCCUGGACUUUGUGAUGUGACAGCCCGCAGUAAGGAAAACAUUUGUUUUUCGGUUGCGCAAAAUGACAGCUCUUUGCACUGUUCUGUUAUGUUCAGACUUCAUUUUGUAUUGGUUUAUUCUUUUUGUUGCACCAUCAGUUUGCCCAAGCAAACUCUGUUGUGUCCUGCCACAACAGUAAACAUAAGUGCAUUGUCACUAGAGCAAGCAAUGCAGUGUCUGUCAAUAUUUUGUUCCCUUAAGGAACUCCUUAUUCACCAUCUUAACAAACAUCAGCUGGUAUGUUAGUCCCUGUAAUUAAUUGCAUUCACAUUAGGGUAAACAAUCUUAGCUCGUCCACAUGCAUAGCCAUUUCUUGUUCAUUCAUUGGAGCGCACACUAGAAGCACUGCCUUAGUUGAUCAUUCCCCCCCCCCCCCCACCCAUCCUGAUGUGAUGUCUAAUUACUGGAACACAGGCCCCUGUGGUAAUGGCCUGGCAGUUAGAACGAGGGCUUCAUGUGGGUCUGAAUGAACGCAAGUUCCCCACUAAAGAUGUGCAUUUAAGAAAAAAUAUGUUGAGUCUGCAAAUGCGAUGUUGUUCAUGGUGCGCACAAAGGGUGAUAUGAAAACAAGUCUCCAAAUUAAAGGUUAUCAAAUAUUCUCAUAAAAGUCCUGAUAUAUGGGCUUUACAAUACAUGCACAAAAAAGCGUCGUUUAGUACAUGAGAAAUUUUGAUCUUGUACAGCAUAAUAAUGAGUUGUGGAAGUCUCUCAUAGCCCCUACAAGCUACUUAUAAACCAUUGCGUACUGUUAAGGAAAUCAGUAAGCAAGCACUCAUAGAACUUUAUAGAGACGAAAUGGACAGUGAAAAUAUCAUUGGCAUGAUCAGUAAUAAAGUUCUGAGUUAGGAAAAUACUUCAUGGUCAUGUAGACAUUUCACGCAUUGGCAUAACAUUCAUGAAAACUUGUGUGCUCUGCGUGUGUCAUGCUAGAUUCUGUAGGCUUUGAGCAGAGCUACGGAUGUCUUUGAUUGCUUCCUUUACAGGUUCAAUUGGUUUACCUCUGUUGUAGGCAUUCGUUCAUUGGUGCUGGAAACUCCUUAUUUUAGUUAUUUUGAGGACAAGAAGACAGACCCCUGUGUUCACAUUGCUGUAACAUCGCAUGUAACAUCCUUGUCCGAGCCUGCUGGCUAGAAGUAACACUGCUUGCGAUAACAGAUGUCAUUAACAGUAGUCUCGCAUGUCUGUCGCGUUCUUGCCCUUGCUUGCCUUUGUUCAAUUUGUAUUGCAGCUCUGAAACAGCAGUUUUAUUAAUAUGGUGGAAAAUAUUGUUAGAGCAAAAUCCCGUUCAAGUCUAAUUAUGACAUCUUUGUAGUGUUGCAGGAAAGCUGUGCUUCAUGAAUGUGGACUUGAAUGCGAGACCCUCCACUGGGCAUUGUUUUUUACGAGGCUGUGUUGAUGUGAGCACCGCUAUAAGUGCUGCUAUGUUGCUACAGCACAUGUGUACUGUUUAGACCAAGCCGGCGUGGCGUGUGUAUAUAUAUACAUAUAUAUCUUAUGUAAGAAUGGGUAUGUCCUUUUCAAGCAUACAUCUUGCAGAUAUGCUGUGAAGAGUGCUAACAUAGGUUCAAAAACCUUCACUGAAAUGUCUUGAAAUUCUGAACAGUUAACUGUUGCCAACUUUUGGCCAUUCUUUUGGGGAGCUGGUACAUAAAAGGAAUUAUAACAGUCAAUGUCAUCAGCAUUGGAGAUGCAGUGUUUACCUGGUUUUACCUAGUGUGCUUAGUCUGGAUAAAGGGGAUACAGCGUACAAAAGAAGCCACAAUAUGCGAUGAGAAUUGUCUGCAAGAUCUUGUAAAUUCCUUGGCUAACCUGUAAGUAUUUUUAUGGGGGCAACAUGCAAGUGGUGCUUACUCAUGAAUCGACAACAUCCUGUGUUGGGUUUCAUGGCAGCGAAGACAUGAUAAUUGUUCGGAAUUGAGCCGUCGGCUUUAUAGCUGUCAAGCACUUGCUGUGUCUUGAAAAGACUGCUAUUUGCAACACAAUUCUUUGGUUGGAUUGAUUUUCAGCAAGGUUAAAAGUGUUUAGACAAGGCAUCACAACAUGUUGCUACUAUUGUCUAGCAACCCAGUGUAACACAAACGCUACUGCGUAUUCCAGAAUACCACACGGGACUGUACCAUGCAAGGCUCUAAGGUGUCGGCCAUACAUACUGUAUGUUCUGCAGUGUUGGCACAAUGAUACUUGGCAGGUUUGUGGGUUUACUAUUAACUACUGAUGGCCAUUAUGACUUUUUGUUAUUUUGGGCAGAAGUCUAAUUUCUAGUUGGUUUUGCUUUUACAAAGUCAUGCACUUGGAAGCAGUGGCAGAUCUAUAGCUGGGUGCACAGAUAAAGCCAGUGAGGCGAUAAACGCGCAGUUCAUAUUGCCAAAUGUAUGUCCACAGUGGCAGAUUGUUCCUUGGUAUCCUGCAGUGACAGUGCGCAUUUGUGCACUUGCUUAUUAAUAAGACGUGCUUAGAUUUUUUUUUUUUCGGUCGAGCGUAUGUGGUAUGCAAAGUGUGAUCAACUUCAACAUUGCUAGUUCUACGGCAGAGUCCUUGACACCGUGAAAACGGUUUGUGUUGACUUGUACAACUGCUUCCUUCCUCCAUUUUACAGCCAGACCAUGCACGCUUGUGGCACUCUGAAUGUGUCUUCUGCUUGUCUACCUUUGUUGUGUGCUUUUGUCAUACUUGCACACACUGUACAAUAUUGCAUGACAUUUGUUUCAUGGAAUUCACAGUGUCAAUUAAAAGAGCUCACAUUUUUCU